AUGACUGAUAUAGAACCAUUAAAUACUGAAGGUAAAAAAGUUAAAAUAACACAAAAAGUUAAAGAAGUUAUUGUAAAAGAAACUGUUAAUAAAGAAGUUGCUAAAAGAAAAAAAUGGGCAAAAUUCGGAGCUGAAAAAAAUGCUGCUCCUGGUCCUGAUUUUAGAACUACACAAGUUGGUGAACCUGUUUAUUUAAGAUUAGGUACUGCAUGGAAGGCAUUAGAAAAAGAAGAAGAAGAAAAAUCCGCUCAAGAAGCUGCUAAAACUAAUACUUAUCAACGUAUUAAAUGUAGAACUUGUGGUGGUGCACAUUAUACUGCUAAAUGUCCUCAUAAAGAAACUCUUGGUGGUGAUCCUGCUAUUGGUGGUGGUGCUAGUGGUUCUCCAGCUCCUGAAGAUUCUGGUGCUUCUGGUGCUGCUGGUGCUUCAGCAAGUGCUGCUGCUGCAGGUAAAUAUGUUCCAUUACAUAUACGUAAUAGAGCUGCAGGUAUUGAACCUGAAAAGAGAGGAGAUCGUGAUGAUUCAAAUACAUUAAGAGUUUCUCAAUUAAAUGAAAUCGUUACAGAACAAAUGAUUAGAAAUGAAUUAUUUGCUAAUUUCGGUCCUUUGGCAAGAGUUAAUAUUGUUAGAAAUAGAGAAACUGGUAGAUCUAAAGGUUUGGCAUUUGUUCAAUUCCAUACUGAAUCUGCUGCUCAAAGAGCUAUGGAAGCUCUUAAUGGUAGAGGUUAUCAUUCAUUGAUUUUACAAGUUGAAUUUUCUAAACCAAAAAGAUAA